GUUAUAAUGCAAGGAAAACUAUUGACGCCUAUCGAUAUACUUGUCAACUCGCCUAAUUCUUCACAAACUGCUUAUAAAUAAAUUGAAAUAGUUUUAAUUAAAAUGUCGUUGAACUAUGAGGAAAUGAGUUGGUCAGAUGUGCGGGACCAAUUCAGGAAGUGGCGCGAGGAGUCUGGACGACACAGUGAGGAGGUAGUUCAACUGUGGGUGGCGGUGCUCGAGGACAAAGUGCAAAAAACCGGCAACGAACGGCAUUUGAUACUCGAGCAGGUAAUUGUUGCUGCUUUGGAUACCGCACGCUUCGAUAUUGCUACAAAGUGCACAAAGCAACUGGGCGAAGAGUUUCCCGGCAGUUUGCGUGUGAUGAAGUUCAAGGCGAUGCGAUUGGAAGCACUCGAGCAAUAUGAUGCAGCCAUCGAAGUGCUGGAUGCCAUUAUUGAGAAGGACGAGACGAAUGCAGCACCAAGAAAAAGGAAAAUUGCCAUAAUGAAAGCUCGGGGCAUGCGCUUGGAUGCCAUUAAGGAGCUGAAUGCCUAUCUGAAAAAAUUCAUGUCAGACCAGGAAGCAUGGCAGGAACUAUGUAAUUUGUACAUGAGCGAGGGUGAAUAUGGCAAGGCAGCAUUCUGCAUGGAGGAGGUUCUACUGCACAAUCCUCACAGUCAUCUAAUACAUCAGCGACUCGCCGACAUUCGUUACACUAUGGGUGGCGUCGAAAACAUUGAAAUAGCUCGCACUUACUACUCGCAGACAAUCAAGCUGAACCCGCACAACUUGCGUGCACUUUACGGACUAUUUUUAUGCUGCAGCUUUUUGGCCAACUCCAAGGCCGUGAGUUCAAAGCGCAAGGAGUCUCAGAAGUUGGCGCAGUGGGCACUGGAACAGGCAUCAGGCCAUACUGCAAGCCAUUCAUCGAUCAAAAACAAUGAGAAGUGGAUUGCUUCAUUGGAGUCAGCCUUCGGCGCUUUGGAAAUCAAAUCUAAUUGACCCGUAUCUGCCGUCGACAAUGUUAGCUAAGGUGCAAUACCCGACAAAACGUAAACAAUUCCAAAUAUGCUUAAGCAUUUGAUUAUACUUUCUGGUUUCUUUUUUAAGCGCAAGUCUAACAUCCACACAUAUAUAAUAAUGCAUAGUCCUGUGUAUCAGUUUAACAAAUGUAUAUCAAGCUGAAUCAAAUUGCUCUAAUCAGCCGAUAUCGCGUAUUAUUUUUAAUUUAUAGUUUUGUUAUGGUAUUUGUCCUAAGAUCAACCCCAAUAGGCGAGAAAUUAAUUAAUCAAACUAGGAAAAAUCACAAAUAUAAAACUUUAACUGUACUCUGUCUUAUGAAUGAUGUAUCAAUAAUUGGCCAGUAUGUAUACAUAGCAUUAAUAAAGUGCUGAAUACAGCGUAUCGAUAAAUUCCUUUGCUGACUUUUUACA